UUCCGACUUCCGCACUGGGGGAAGUGGGACUUUACAGGAAGCACCUGAACGUUGCACAGCAUACCUAGCACUCCGGCGGCUGUGAACGGAGAAGAUGCAGACUAUAAAGUGUGUGGUGGUGGGCGACGGUGCGGUGGGGAAGACCUGCCUGCUCAUCUCCUACACCACCAACAAGUUUCCCUCUGAAUACGUCCCCACGGUGUUUGAUAACUAUGCAGUGACAGUGAUGAUCGGUGGGGAGCCGUACACUCUGGGACUGUUUGACACGGCAGGUCAGGAGGACUACGACAGGCUGCGACCCCUCAGCUACCCUCAGACCGACGUCUUCCUCGUCUGCUUCUCCGUCGUAUCGCCCUCCUCCUUUGAGAACGUCAGAGAGAAGUGGGUGCCAGAGAUUUCACACCACUGCCCGCGGACGCCAUUCCUGCUGGUCGGGACUCAGGUGGAUCUGAGAGACGACAGCAACACUCUGGAGAAACUGGCCAAGAACAAACAGCGAGCCCUGACCUGUGAGAGCGGAGAGAAACUGGCUCGUGAGCUCAAGGCCGUCAAAUACGUGGAGUGUUCAGCCCUCACACAGAGGGGACUGAAGAACGUUUUUGAUGAGGCCAUCCUGGCAGCUCUGGAGCCUCCAGACAACAAACCCAAGAAGCGCUGUGUCCUGCUAUAGACGCCACAACAGGAGGAGGAAGCGGAGGUGGACGGGGAAGAGAUAAACCCAGACGGGAACAGAGGGAGGGAGUA